UUCCAUUUCAUCUAGCCCGAAUCAAUACCUCAACCCACUCCCUCACCAUGUCCAACGUCACCGAGAUCCGCGAAAGAAUAUUUGAAAGGACGGAGGCGCAACGAUUGGUUAUUAAAUUACAUACAGAAAAACUGGAUUCCGUUGAUUAUCGUGUCUCAACGUGCAAAUUUAUCAACGAACUCUUUCCAGAUUGGGAGAAAGAUCCUCGAAUUCGUUUCCUCGCCGUUGAAAUAAGGGGAGACCGUACUUUUAUGAUCGUUGAUGUCAACAAUUUUGAUUACGAUUUUGACACGGCACACAAAACGGAAACCAUUCUUCCUGUUUAUGUUCUUUGGCAACAUAAGAGAAAAGGGUGGUUUCUUAUAAGGUGGCCCCAAGAAGAUGGACCUCUUGCUACAAAAGUAGCUGAACUCCAUAGACUGAAUGGGUUUGAUGCUACAACACCUUUUAUAGCAGAUUUCAACACGAGUGUUGUAUACGACAAGCCGCGUGAAUGACUGCCCGGUAUGGCGUGGCUGAAUAAGUAACACAUCAUACACAAAGAUACCAAGAGUGAGUGAGGGCCUGCUUUUGCCACCUAAUCCUCAGAAGCCAACCAGCAAGCGACGAUGCAGUUCCUGGGGCAUAAGAGAUAUGCAGGAAUACACCUGUGCUGGCGCACCUACAGCACCAGUUCCUGUAUCUAAAGCCUUUCCUGCUCUCGCCGAACCGGCUCUGAUAGUAGCAU